GGUAGUUUCUGCAGGGAGCUGGGUCUUGACCUUGCUACACUCGUCCUCCCUAACAAGCCGGGACCAGAAAUACUGCGGUGAGACCUCGCCGCUGUGGGCAUGGUCUCUUUAAAACCAGCAUUUUCCAAGGCUGGUUGAGGAAAGCAGAAGCUUAAAAGGACUAUGGAGUUCCAGGCCAGGGGGAGGCUGAAAUAUUGCUGACACUAAGGUAUAUUGCUCUCCCCUGGGAAGGAGGAAAGAACUGGGAACAAAGACUUACCAGGUGUUGGCACAGAGGCAUGAGCAAACAAGUUUGGGGGAAGAACCGGAGUGCCGGUGGUGAGCUGGAGGAAGUUGUGGGGCUCUCUUUGCUGAACACGGAGCUCCCAGGUAGCCAGUGACCUACAAGAAACAAGAGAUGAACAGAAACCAGAAGAAACUAUUUAUUAUAGCAUGUGAAGAUGCCACUUAUUAAAGUGCCAGUGGGACAAAAUUUUGGAAUACAGGCCAGUACACAACAGGAUGAACUACUAAAGAGAUUUUUGAAAAAAACAUUGCUGAGUUGCAAUGCAAAAUCUAAAUAUCCUUUAGAAGUCACAGAAGAGUUUGUUCAGAAGUUCAAUCGUGCAAAAAGUCCAAAGGAUAAAGAAUCUUUACUAGAAACAGCCAAAAAAAUGCUAGCCAGAUGUAAGAGAAGAUUAGGAAUUAACAUGUUAAGUUCUGGAAAACAUGUGGAUCUUAUGAGAGGCUGGACUGAAGCACUUAUAUUGGUGCACUGCAGUGGUAAAAUCCAAGAAGAGGCUUUGGAUCUCCUUCUAGUUUCUUUAGACCAAGCUCCAAUACAUCUGGAACAUAUCCCUGUCUUACUUUCUAUUGCUGAAUCCGUUUUAUUCCGUCUCUCUCUUGAUGUGGCAUGGGAACAUUACUUAUACUCAACGGAAGUCAAGUUCUCAAAGGUUGGAUUUUUGGUUUUUUUAAGGCUCCUUGUUUUUCAUUUGUCUGGUCAAUUGGAGGUUUCUGAAGAACAGAUAGAUGGGCUUCAAAUAGGAUUAAAUGCAUUUUCACUUUGUGAACUACGGUACUCAUCAUUUCCAAACCUCUUCCUGGCUGUGAAUUUUAUGCGGGAGUCUGGAGAAACCAUAUGUGGUGCUGUGGUACUUUCUGAAUCAUUAUCAGGAUCUGAUGUAAGCUUGGAAGGAAAACAGGAUCAGACUCUUCUUGGCACGACAGUUGAAUUAGAAGUUGAACAAAAAGAAUUCAAGAUUCAGUCCUUUCUUUGGCAUUGCCUUGUUGCUUGGGUAUGUGUAAACAACAACUCUUCACAACUAGAUGAAGUGCUCCAACAUCUUCUGCUCCAUAAGGAAGAGCUCUGCCAAAAAAACUGGUUGGCUUCAAUAUUAGGUUUGUUGGUCCUUGGGGAGGCUGCCAAAUUAAACUUGUCCUGCUUGAAGGUUUUAAUGGACCUAGUGAGAGAUUUUAUUUCAAGCUCUAUGUCUCUUCAGAAGCAGGAAGAGAGGUCCAUAACUUAUCUACCAUCCUGGCCCUGGGAAAUAUGCUACAUGUACAUCUGUGUGCUCCGAGACAUUUGUUUAAGUGCUAAUACAUCAGAUUUACAAAAAACUGCUUUUCUUGGAUUCUGUGAUUGCAAAAAAACAUCAGAACAUCCAAAUGAAUUAAGAGGAGCAAGUUUUUUUGACCUUUUGCAAUAUAACCUUUCACAAACUCCAGCAGAUGGUGAAGAUCUAUUCUGGGUUAUUCGAUAUGGUUUGGUUCACAAUCUAGUUAUGAUGUGCAGUGAACUCAGUGGGGAUGUGAGCCGAGAAGGAUUAAGGAAUACAAUGUGGAAAGCUUUACAGAAACAAAAGAACAGUAUAAAGGAUGACAGAAUCCUGACAGCUGUAACAGUAGCUGAGGAUGAGGCAAAGGCUCUAGCAAACCGUUUAAUUAGUUCAUGUGAAAAAGCAUCAUCAGCUCCCAGAACCAUAACCUCCUUCCACUAUAUAGGCGGGCGAAUUGCCAGUGCAAUGUGCCAUUUCUUUUUACCACCCAUUGGCCCCAAUAUCCCUCUGCCAAACAAACCUCUACAGAAGCAACCUUCACCACAACAUCAAGACUCAAAGCAGACCCGUAUGGAAAAAAAACCUGCACGUCCUUCUUUAAGGUCUGCAGAAUGGCCCCCAAGAAUGUCAGUUAAAUCUUUAAUACUCCACAGUUUUGUUUUCUUUCUUCUCUGUGGUGUAGUUCUUAAUUCUUCAGCUGUCCCUAUAAUUCUCAGUGUAAAUGGACAGUGGUAGAUAAGUCUUGUGGAACUGAUAGAAAUUAACAGAACUGUUUACACAAAUGUAUGCACAAAUGGAUAUGCCUACAUACAAAAAUUGUGUACAAAUGUUCAGAGGUAAGUAGGAAAUUAUCAUUGUUCAUUGUAUUAUUUUCUUUGAAAGGGGAAGAAAAAUCACAUGUAACACUCAUUCUGACUUUUGAAUAAAAAUGAAAUGUUGACUAGAUAUUCAAACCAAUUUUGCCUGCCAUACUUGAUUUUGCUAUAUAUCUUUCAGUUGCUGUAGUACACUAACUUAGUUAAUAUUAGUAAAAUCUCCUGAAGAUGAAAGGCAUUGUAUAAUUGUUGCUGUUGUGUAUUUAAGAAGUUGCUUUCACUUUGUAG